AUGAUGAAAAGUGGCGCAUAUGCAAACAAAAACGAAGAAGCCGUUACUGUGCUGUGGAUAACAACGGUAAUAAUUUAUCUUCUGCUAAUGCAGGUUGCAUAUCUGAUUAAUAAAAAUCUGUACACAUGGUCUGCGGUUAUGCAAGCAAAACAUCUGAAAAUGCUCCGUGACCGAGAAUAUGUUCUACUCCGAGCAUACAAUCGAGAACUGCAGUUCAGUAGGCUAAUGCAGGAAAUAGUGGAAGAUGAAGAACAUCCUGGUGAGCCAACUGUUGAAUAAAAUGCAGUCUGGUUUUACUGCCUAGAGAUGUGCUACGCUUUAUGACAUCCAAUAAAAACUCUAAUCAACGGAAGUGACAACCAUCUGACGCAGAUUUACU